GGCGCUGCACUCUCAAGUGAAUCUCAGCAUGACGAUGCGCCUGUGAGACGGAUAUCUUGGCGCUAUGAUGUCCGCGGCCUCCUCUUCACCAAGGAAUCCCUUUCCUCGUUUCAUGGGUUGGACCCAUGGAAACAUGUUUCACUCUGGUCCCUGCUAACCACCACACCAACUUCAACCCACGGACAUGCAGGUCACAUACGGAUACCAUGUGCACGCUGUGGCCGUCUCAACUUCUAUCCUCCUUGCUGCCCCCCUCCUCCGUUCGUUACAUUUUACUUACCAGUGUCACCAUCCAAGGCCAAGUUUACGAGCAACGGGACCCGAUCUCUCCGGCGACCUGAUCGACAGAUUGAAUGCAACCCUCUCUCAUGAGAUUUUCCGAGUGGCUGAACCGAGACCAGCAAGAAUGGCUUGGCCAGCGAGUAUUGGUCUAGCUCUACACGAUUCUCUACCCUUCUUUGGUAGCUACCUCGCCUUUGUCGAAAACAGGCCUGAAUAUCUUGGCCAACACUCCCGACUCAAGUCCGAGAGCUCCGGCCGCUCCACCCGGUCGCACCGGACACCGACAACCAAUAAAGAUGUCAUUCCCAUGAUUCGGGCUUUUGGGUCAAAUGAAGCUUUCCCUUUCUGGAGUCCACCCCCCGUCCACGAGGUACGUCCACUUUUCCCCUCUUGGCGCGCUCUUCUCUCUUUCGUUCUUCAUCCCCACCGAAUUAACUAUUGCGUCCCCGUUUUCCCGCACGCACAUUGAAGAAAAUUUCAACGACCUCUCCACCAUCAAGCCCACAACAACCCACGCUUGAAAGACUAAGAGCACAUUCUGCCUCCGAAUCUUCCAUCACCGGGUUCCCAUCCCUUCGACUCCAUCAAGUCGUUAAAUGGCCGGUUGGCCCAAUGGCAAGGCGUCUGACUACGAUUCCCUCAAAAGAACGUGUAAUCAGGAGAUUCUGGGUUCGACCCCCAGGC